AUGAUAAAGGGCGACUUGAUCACACAAGGCCAAUCGAAUUCUUCGGUCGAAAGCCCCAAAACUGGCUAUUUUAUAGCAGACAACUACCGCAAGCCUACUCAACUCAUUUCAUCAGGUCCACUGCGACUAUCCUGGCAAGUCUUUCAUCCAUUUCCUCAUGGCAGAUACCAGGAAUCGGGUAGGCACAACCGCCAAAGUGGGCGCUUUCCACAAUCGAUAAUCACGGCAUAUCCCGCGUCGAUCCCUUCUUUCUAUUUAAAAAAACUUCUUUUGAUCAAACUCUCAUUCAGCGGCACAGGAUUCCUCCAUAGCCAGAGUCCCAGCAACGAACACCUUCCUACUGCAAGGUUAGGCUCUGCCCUUCCCCUAGAAUCCACUCCGGGUCGGAGGAGCAGCUAG